CAGCAUUAAUGUGGACGAACUAAAGACAGAUUGAGCAGAGGAAUCUUCCACGUUCUCGUUCCCCAUUCCUUGUGUACCACUUUUCUCAUUAUUCACGGAUUUUUUUCCUAUUCUCUUUUCAGUCGCCCGCUGUGACAUUUGGCGGGAGAUACGGCGACGAACAUCGCCACCUUCGACCUUGAGCCUCCAUAAUGGACAUCCCUCGCGGCCACGCUAUGUUACCACUCGUAGAAGCAGACUUUCUAGACUUUAUCUUCAACUACUAUAAAGCCGAAUACGCACCAAUCCGCUCCUUCUUCAGCACCGCAACCGCCGACCCCCGCCAACCGCAGCGAUGGGUUAGCAUGGGUCACGAGCUGGCUCCUCUCUCUUUCCGGCCCGCGAACGCGCAGGCACAGAAAGAUCUCGAAUCUCUGGAUUAUUUUAUUCGGCAGCGGAAUCUUGAUGCUGGAUUUGUGAGGGGGAUCGUGAUUCGGUUUGCCAAGUAUGAGGUCCAUGAACGGCUCGAGAAGAAACUUUAUGAGUCUUGCCGGCUGGAUUUAAUGGUUAGAAAGGCACUGAAGGAAAAACAUCUUAUUGAUGCUUUAUGGCCAUCACCCACACCGAAGAACUUGGAUAAGGAGUUGCUAGGCCAAGGUGUGAAAGUCAGGUCUUGGUAUGGUGACAUGUUCUCGAAGUACUUCAGGUAUCUCCACUCCAUCGAUGACUUUGGACUCCGCCUGGAAGUUGAUGCGAAGAUUAAGAGCAGUGGAACAUUGAUGUUGGUACCUUUCGUCGACCACCUAGUCUUCGGUGCCGUGGAUCCAAUCAUGCCUAUCGUGGCUAAAGGAGCUGGGUAUUCAAAUGCGCAAGCCUGGAGACAGAAGGACAAGGGCAGGUCUUUUGGGGAGCCAGAUCGAUUUGAGAUUCGGUUUGAUGCCCCGGCUGAGAUCACGGAUACACAUACAAAGAGUGUGGUCCGCCAGUGUCAAUGCAUGAAGUGUGGAACGAAGAGAGAUGUCACUGUUGUGAUAUCCGUUGAUCCUUCUCCUGGUCCCACUUCUAAAACUGCUCAGCGAUACAGCCCUGGAUAUUACAUGCCUGGAGCCGAGGAGGCCGCUCCUCGACAGGCUGUUUCGCAAACACCGGCACAAAAGCAGCCACAAGAUGCUUCCCCUGCAUCACUGCCACAACAGAAGCAAUGCCCCCGCUGCACAUUCCUUAACCAUGCUGACCUCACAUCCUGCGAAAUGUGCAGCGCUGACCUUACAGACUCGACGAUCAUAUCAAAGCCGCCAAGCCCGGUCCUCACCUCCACGUCGAAAGCCACACACUCACAUUCAGCAUUGUUACCACCUCUAACAACACCAAAUACCCAAACCAAAGAUACGGAUGUGACACGACCUGCCCCACCGAACAGACAUAGCCUAAGCUCAACUCUAUUCUCUAUCUUCCCAUUCUCGCAACAGCAGCAGACAGAGCACCACCCGAACCUCCCCAAAACUCAGCCCGCGAACCCCCAGGUCUCGAAACCAACUACCUCUGAAGGCGAGCAUACCCAUGAAGACCGCCCAACCUCAAUACGCUCGCAUAGCAAAUACUCUCACAAAGAACCCGAACCCCUUAGUCACAAUAAAGAAGAGCAAAUUCAACAAUCUGCCUUAAGUCGCGAUGCCCAUUCACCCCCACUCGUAGACCUCGACCCACUUCUCACCCUCUCGCAAGAACCCGAAAUGACUAUGAUGCCCCUUACACCGCCCACAACUUCUUCUCAAUCACAUCUUUUCCCAACAGGCUUACCACAGAAUCUCAUGGAUGACUUCGUGCCUGUGUCGCCGUCUUUCCCGCGGGAUGACGAGGACGAAGAUGCCGGGUGGGGCGAGAUGUCGAGGGAGGAGGCGAGGAAAGAUGAUAGUGAUGAGGAGGGUGGGGAUAACGGGGAUAACGGGAGUAGGAGAGUUGGGAUGGUAGAUCUUGAUACCGUUGCUUUUGAAGAGAGGGGGGUUUGGGGAGAG